AUGACAGAAGUCAAGUACGAGAACGGCACCCCCACGUUUGAGGGCAACACAGUUGUCAAGUGCUUCAAGGACAACGGCAACGGCCUCCUUUUCCGCCUUGUCAACGACGAGAAGAAGCAGUGGGCCUUCUACAAUGACACAAAGGAGUACAACAUGGUGGUGAAGGCGGCCUUCGGCAAGGACAGCAAGGUGGAGCCUUUGGGCUCGACAAAGAUGGAGAAGGAUGAGGAGACAGGCGAGUUCAAAUGCGAGGUCCAGGUCGCUCCUCUCGCGACGGAGCUGUUCGUCGGGGGCGAGCCCAACGGCUACAAGCUCAACUUCGAGGCCAACCCCAUUGUCAAGUAG